CGGCGUCUCAUUGGCCAGCUGGCGUUCUGGCACAGGAAGUGCAUGGGUGUGUUUCCGAGGGGAGGGUUUUAGACUCCAUCAAAUAACUUCCCUGAAGACACCGAAAGCUCUUUUCAAACAGGAUGGAGCUGCGUCCACUUGUUAUGUGCUUUGCUCUCUGUGUGGUUUAUGCCACCAGUAAACCCACAGAGAAGAAGGACCGAGUUCGCCAUGAUGAACCCCUCAGCAACAGAGAGCAUGAUGAUGGAGAGAGUUUUGACUAUGACCAUGAUGCCUUUCUGGGACAAGAAGAGGCAAAAACCUUUGACCAGCUCACGCCCGAGGAGAGCAAGGAGAGGCUCGGCAUGCUUGUUGAACGUAUCGACGAUGAUAAGGACGGCUAUGUGACAGUUGAGGAGAUGAGGAAAUGGAUCAAGCACUCUCAGAAAAGGUGGAUCUAUGAUGAUGUGGAUCGACAGUGGAGGAGUCACGACCUCAAUGGGGAUAAUCUGGUUUCCUGGGAGGAGUACAAAAACGCCACAUAUGGAUACAUUCUUGAUGACACAGACCCUGAUGAUGGCUUCAGCUACAGGCAGAUGAUGGCUCGUGAUGAGAGGAGGUUCAAAAUGGCUGACGAAGACAAUGAUUUGAAAGCCAACAAGGAGGAGUUCACAGCCUUCCUUCACCCAGAGGAGUACGAUCACAUGAAAGACAUUGUAGUGCUGGAAACUAUGGAAGACAUUGACAAGAAUGGAGAUGGUUUAAUAGAUUUAGACGAAUACAUAGGCGACAUGUACAAUCAGGAAGGAGAUGCCUCAGAGCCCGAGUGGGUAAAGACAGAGAGGGAACAGUUUACUGAGUUCCGAGACAAAAACAAAGAUGGGAAGAUGGACAAAGAGGAAACCAGGGACUGGAUCCUGCCCAGUGACUACGACCAUGCCGAGGCUGAGGCUAAGCAUCUAGUCUAUGAGUCAGAUUCAGACAAGGAUGGCCGUCUGACCAAAUCAGAAAUAGUGGACAAGUACGACCUGUUUGUGGGCAGCCAGGCAACCGACUUCGGAGAGGCCCUGACUCGGCACGACGAGUUCUAACAACUUGCCUCCCUGCAAAGACUCUGUACUCUGUACUCUUGUAUACCACCUUACUACUUGGACAGUGGAUGGAGUGCUUCAGACAUGAUGAGCUCCCCUAAUCCAGUGCCAUGGACAAUAAUUUAUUUGAUUUCUUGAACAUGUCCCAUUGUACACAAGAUAACAUUCUCCUUGAUGUGUACUCGCUCGACCAGUGUGCCCUCAUGCUCGUGUGCUUAACAGUGGGACAUAUCACCAGACUUUUUUUUCUGCUUCCACAUACUAAAUCUGCCUCUUUCAGGUGAAGGAUAAACAGUGUUAGAUUAAUUUUGUCUUCAAAAAGAGGGUUUUAUGAAAUGGCCAUGUCUUGUUUCAAAACCGUGGUGGAGAAAGUUUAGGCAGAAUAAUUUAUCAUAGCAUUAUGUUUUUUGGAUGCACUGGACUGCAAAGAGAAACUAAUUUCUCAGCAUUAUAAUUUGCUCUACUCUUCUGUAUUUUCAUGUAACCAGACCCAAACCAAAACUCUAGUUUCUGAUUCACUUUCAAUUUGUGUUCAUGUCUUUAUUCAAACUUAUUAGCUUUUUUUAGCCAGAUGCUUUGAUCAAGGAGCAAAUAGUGAAUUUCAACUACAAUGAAGACCAUGUAGACUAGUGCAAUACAGUGCCAUCAGUGGGACCACACUUUUUACUUCUCUGGUCCAAAUAGCAUCCAAGUUAACGCGGAUUGUGCUAUGUGUAAGUUGAAGGAAUCAAGAUGAACUCAGAGACUGAUGGAUGCAAAAUCAUUGAAGCUGCCUGACUUAUUUUUUCUUCUUAUCUAAUAGUGUGUCUGUGUGUGUGAAUCUGUGUGUGUGUAUAUAUACCCGAUGAGUGCUUUCCCCUUUUUGAAGUGUUAUGUUUUGUGUUUUGUUUCAUUCAAAUGCACUAAAACUAAAUUUUGUGCCAAGCAAAAAUAUUUUCCCUAUUUUGUAAGCAGUUUGAAAAAAAGAGCUUUUUCCCUUCAAUCACUUUUCCAUUCUCAAUUUGUUAGACUUGUUAUUUCACUCCUACCAUUUAUAACCACUUUCGAAAAUUUUUAUGGUAUACUAUUAUGUAUAUGAUAAUGUUUUUUUACAGGCUCACUGCAGCAACCAGUCUUUCACGAGUGACUUUAUUGUACAUAAGUUGUUGGUCUGCAAAUGGAGCACCCUAAAAAUCAGGUCCAGUUUUUUUGUCAUUGGGAGUGUCUCAAUAAAAACAAAUACAAUUGGAA